AUGUCCGCCUACGACUACGACGCUCCUCCGCGUGAACAUGGACGCCGAUACUACGACGACCGGAGGGAGAGAGUCGACCCACGCUACACCGAAACCCAGGAGACUUACUACAGAGUAAAUCCAGCCAGCCGCACCGCCCUGGUCCCGCGCGCGAGGGAGGACAGCGACCUCGCCAUCGAGGAGGUUCGCCGCGACUUCCCCCCGCCCGGAUACGCCGCAAGAGACAUCCGCAGAGCCCGUUCGGUCGAGCAUGGCUAUGACGACGACUACUAUCGCGAGCCGCGCCGCUCCUACGAUGCACCUUCCUCCCGAGAUCCCCGCCGCAGCAAGAAAGCCGCCAGUGUCUACUACGAGGAAGAGGAGAGGACACGCAAGCGCGUUCUGUCCAAGCAAGAGAAGAUUAUCGCCGCCGUUGCUGGCGGAAUCAUCGCCGCCGGCGCCAAGGAGGUUUGGGACCGGAGGGAGGCCGAAAAGGAGGGCUAUGAAGUUCAUCGCAACAUCGCCGGUACAGCCGCUCUGGGCGCCGCCGGUGCCUUUGCAGGCUACCAAGGCGCCGACAUCUACAACAAGCACGCCAUCAAGGAAGACAAGAAGUCCACCUACAUCGUACACAAGGGCCGAGAUGGCCGCGUCAACGAAUACUACUCCGAUGACGAAGAGGACCCCCGGCACCGGAAGGGCAACAAGUCCUUCCUGGAGAGUGCCCUUUCUGCCGCGGGGUUGGGAGGUGCCAUCAAGGCCCUGACUGGCGGUGGCUCCGACAGGGAUGACCGCCACGACUCGCGAAGUCGCCGUGGUAGUCCCGACUCGCACCGGUCGCGGGACAAUCCAUCCGCCAGAAUGCAGAAGGCUGCCAAGGCAUCUCUUGUUGCUGGCGCCGCCGAAGCCUUUCGAGUGGCUAGAGAACCAGGUGGCUGGCAGGGAGAGAAGAUGAAGCGCGUCAUCACCGCUGCUGCUGGCGCUGCCGCCAUCGAUGCCGCCCACGAUCCUUCCAAGGAUAGCAAGCGCCACCUUGUCGAGUCCGUCAUCGGUGGCCUUGUCGGCAACCGCGUGUUGAACGGUACCAAGAAGGACAUAGAGGAGGAUUAUCGAACGGGCAGGAGUCGCUCUCGAUCUCGUGCUCGCUCUGGUAGUCGCGGCGGUGGUGGCAGUGGCCUUGCGGCACUGGCCACGGCUGGCUUGGGCGCUUUGGGCGCCAAGAAGCUUGUCGAAGCUCGAAGCCGGUCCCGCUCGCGCCGCCGAAGCUAUGACUCUUAUGAUAGCCGGGACCCUUCUCCACGCAGACGCCGCAGCCGCAGCCGUAGCAUUGUCGAUGGCGCACGACGCAGCCUGGCCAAGAUUGGUCUUGGCAGUGGACCGGACGAUAGGCGAGAGGACGACUACGACGACCGCUCACCCCGGAGGGCUCGGGGUCGAAGCCCGGAUGACCGGUAUGACGAUGACUACGCAGCUCGGGGCUACAUGAGGGGAGGGAAGAGUCCGGAGGACGAUGGUUACUAUGAUGAUGAUCGUUCUGCCGGUGGGCGAUCCCGCAGCCGUUCACGAGGAGGUAGGUCUAGUUCCGUUUCCAGCAGCGAUCUUGGUGAUUCGGACGAAGAUACGAAAAAGACGGGCAAGAUGCGGCGUAAGCAACUCAUCACGGCAGGGCUGGCAGCUGCCGCCACGGUUCAUGCAGCGCAUGGCGUAUACUCGAGCAUGAACGCGCGCGAGGCAAGGCACAAGGCAGUGGCGGAGGGUAAACUGAGCCCACAGGAGGCCAGAAAGCUGAAGACAAAGGCAAUCUUGCAAGAUGCGGCGUCAGUCGGUGUAGCAGCGCUCGGCAUCCAGGGUGCCGUCUCUGAGCUUAAGGAGGCACGGGCGCAAGCCAAGGAAGUCCGUGAAUGGAAAGAGGAGAAGCAAAGACGUCACGAGAGACGUAUUGAGCGGCUCAAGCGGGCAAACUCCGACCACUACGGCAGAUCCAGAGCUGACAAUUGGAAUUCUUCAGCCUCUCCGCAGGCCAAUCGGUAUGACGAUGGGCCCACCCGUUAUACAGAUGGGAAUCCAUACUCGGCUGCUCUGCCUGCGCCUCCUAUGGGCUACGACAGGCGUAGAGACUGA